ACGGUUUCGCCGCUUUGAAUGCGGGCAAGUUAAGCCACGAUGGCCUUGGUGAAAGGCUAGCGUUACUCAGAACGGGAAAUCCCUUGAACACGAAACCUUAAGGAAUUUGGCAGACACCCAAUCAUUUUUAUUACAAUAUGUAAAUGACAUUGCUCUUGUUCGUGGUACGGUGAGAACAUACAUGUACAUAUACCAGCAGUACGCCCACGCAUCAAGUACAGUGCAGUAUGUGUUCUGCUGUUGAACCUCACACAGCGAACAUCAUGGCGGAAUUCAAGCAUCGUGGAGUCUUUGUCUGGAGCUUGCUGCUGACGUUACUGUACGCGGCAAACGCACAACUGUCUUCGUUGGAGGAGGCAGGGGAGAAUUUUGUGGACAACUACUUUCAUAAUGACGUGCAGGACACAGUCCACGAUGUCGUAUCCCUCAGCGUUGGUGUGAUCAUUGCCAUCGUCGUGGGCUGUAUCUUGCUCCUGAUCUCAUGCAUUUGCUGCUGCUACUGCUGCUGCUGCAGGAGCCCUCCUCCAGCCCAGCAGACAGUCAUCGUCGCCCAGUCCGCACCAGCGCAGUCCACCGUGGUCGUAGCUCAAGCUCCCCAGGCAGUGUACAACCCCCAGCCCAUGGGUCCACCGCCCAUGCAACCACCGGUCGGCUACGGGCAACCACAGGCGGGCUAUGACGGGCCGCCACCCUACCCGGGCCAGCAGACGGGAUACGGUUACGCCAAACUCUAAAUUUGCCACCCAGAGCUGCAUGCAUGUUAAUUUUGCUCGUUUUCCAUCGGGAUCCACUUUUUAAUAUCCAUUUUUAUAAGAGGGAACUAAAUGGAAUUAAGAUCAAAAAGACGAAGCAGCUAAUUUCGUUUAUGCAGUGUAGUUGACUGUGAUAGUUAGUCAGUUACUAUACCCAAUUGGCGAUGCCAACUUUUUAUGUUUUUCUGGUCAUUUAUUCACCAAAUAAGUAAUUUUUAAUUACAGCAUGACUUGUGGGGUUAAGGAGUCCUUUCAUAAUUCUUAAAUAUAAUUUUUACUAUAUAUUAAUACAUUAAAGUUAUCACACUUUUGCUUUAGCUUUUUUAAUACAUAGAAUACAUCCAUGAUUUAAUCUGAUUGAUAAGAUUCUUGACCUUGGUUAAUCAUCAAGUGUCUUUUGGUUACUUUCAUCUCGAUAGUUAGAAAAUAUCAGAUGACAAUUUUAUUUGGUUAAAGACCUGUUGACGAUAUGCCUAGUCAACUACCAAAACGUUUUAAUUCAAGUAAUUAUUGUCGUGAGCUUUAAUCAUAAUAUUUAAGUCAACCUUUAUCUGUCAUUUCCUUUGAUCUUCUUUUUCCUCGCAUACUCAUUGCAACUUAAAGAUAUAGUCCAUCAUUU